UGGCGUGUUAUGACCGGGCAGCAGACAGGGAUCGAAUUCUUGAUGCAAAUACCAGGUCAUGGCAGGUGCCAUGUGGACAGUGGCUUUGCGACUCUGAAGAAGGCAUACAGACGUCAUAAUACAGAGACGCUUGACGAGCUGGCAGGAGUGGUUGACCGGUCGUCUGUGACCAACGUAUCGGUGCGCUACCCGCAGUGGAUCUGGAGAGAUUGGAAAUCUUUCCUAUCCAGGCAUUUCAAGUCAUUUGUAGGAAUACGGAAAUACCAACAUUUCAGGUUCACAGCCGGUCUGCCGGGCAUCGUGAUUGUAAUGGAAAAAAGGAGUGGCGAAGAAACACAUGUCAACCUCCUUAAGGACCGCUCUUUCAGGUUUUUAGUGGACACCAGGCCGGAACCAGUUCAAGCGGCUGGUCUAAGCUUGAACAGGAAAGAAUAUCUCCGUCGGAGUGUCAGCAAACACGUGUCCGAAAAGAAGCGGGAACAGUUUUGCGCGGGGGUUGCAUCUUAA